UCAAGAUUCAAUGAUUGAUUGCUUGUAAUUAAAAAAAGCAGGAUUCUGAUGUGCGAAUUUAAUUUCCUCUGAUCAGCUCUCUCUCUCAGCCAUAGCCAGACCUAUUUAUUUUUUUUAUCAUGAAUCCUGACUUUGACAUUUAAUUCUACUAAAAUCUGUCAUUAGACUCUGUCAAAUUGCGUCAGCUCAGCAGCUUUGUUACUUGGUGGGAGAGGCGACCCCACCGCAUACAAACUCAACUCUUUCCAUCCCAUCAGCUUCUGAUCUUCUUCUUCUUAUGAAUAACAAACCCUCACUCCACCUCCACCAUCAGUUUUCUGGUUAAUUUGCUAUCCAAAAAGCCUUUCACAAUCUCCGUCAAAAAUCUGAAAUUCUUGAAUCCUUGGCCUCGUCCGAAUCCGAAAUUAUCUUUGGGAUUUGCUUUCUCCUCCACAAAUGGUGCUGUCAAAGCGUAGCCAAAGGUUUUUCAAGUUUAGAUCAAGUAGUCUAGUUUCUUGCCAAAAUCCCACUCCCACAUAUCAUUUCGAUUUGUAGAAUUUUCCACCCAGAAAACGAUUCUCCUCCACAAACCAUAUUUGAUAAUUUGCUAAACAAAAGACUUUUCUUUUCUUUUCUUUUUUACCGUUGGCUGACACAAAAAUAUUCUCUUUUCCUACCACACCAACCUCUCUGCAGUCUUUCCCACACCCACAAAUUUUCUUUUGGCUUUGGCUUCUUUCUCUCUAAAAAUCUUCUUCGACGGUAUCUGUAUACGCAACUUAUAUUCUUAACUCUUGUCUCUUUCUCAAAGACUAAAUGGUUUCCAGGGACUAUUACGACUUCUCAUCAGCAGUUGUGGAAAUGGCUUGGAUUAUGCUCUGCGUCGAUUACUCAAGGCUCUUUUGGUUACUGUAUGGUGUCUUUUCCUACGAAAAUCAUGAAGGAAAGCCUCGAAUCAUCUAGCAUAUCAUAAACUUUCUUCUACCAUAAUUCUAUUUUCCUUGUUCUUGAAUUAUACUAGUAGAUAAAUAUAUUCGUGUUUUGAAGAUAUAAAUAUUACAAUAAGCCCGAGAGGUUUUUGGGGGUGUUUGUUGAUUUCUAAGACAUGUAUAAAAGAGGAUGUGUUGAUGGAGUUAAAUCUCAGCUUGGAUACGUUGAAACCGAUCCAUCUGGUCGGUAUGGACGUUUCAGAGAGGUUCUUGGUAAAGGAGCCAUGAAGACAGUUUAUAGGGCAUUUGAUGAGGUCCUUGGAAUGGAGGUGGCUUGGAAUCAGGUGAUGCUUAAUGAUGUCUUCCGUUCACCAGAGGAAUUACAAAGGCUUUACUCUGAGGUCCACCUCCUCAAGAACCUCAACCAUGAUUCCAUCGUUCGAUUCUACACAUCUUGGAUUGACAUUGGUCGUAGAACUUUCAACUUCAUCACUGAGAUGUUCACCUCUGGCACCCUUCGAGAGUACAGACAGAGGUUCCAGCGUGUUGAUAUGCGAGCAGUUAAGAACUGGGCUCGCCAAAUUCUAUGCGGUCUAGUUUAUCUGCAUGGCCAUGACCCCCCAGUGAUACAUAGAGAUCUAAAGUGUGAUAACAUCUUUGUCAAUGGCCAUCUUGGACAAGUCAAGAUUGGUGAUUUUGGACUAGCUGCCAUUCUUCGCUGGUCACAACAUGCCCAUAGUGUUAUAGGUACACCAGAAUUUAUGGCACCAGAACUAUAUGAGGAGGAUUACAAUGAGCUAGUAGAUGUUUACUCCUUUGGAAUGUGUGUAUUAGAGAUGCUUACUUCCGAGUAUCCAUAUAGCGAGUGCUCUAAUCCGGCUCAAAUCUACAAGAAAGUGACUUCGGGAAAGUUUCCAGAGGGAUUCUACAGGAUUCAAGAUGAGGAAGCCAGGAGGUUUGUUGGGAAGUGCCUGGAGAAUGUUUCCAAGAGGUUGCCUGCCCAUCAACUCUUGCUAGACCCAUUUCUGACCUUUGAUGAAGAGAAUCUGCUGUCCAUCCCAAAAGUCUUGAGCCAAAAACUUACUCCCAAUGGCCCAGUUGCAGAGCUAGUGCCUACUGCGGAGGCUGAUCAUACAAGGAGUACUGAUAUGUCUAUAAUUGGCACAAUGAAUCCUGAAGAUGACACAGUUUUUCUCAAAGUACAGAUUACAGACAAGGAAGGUCAUGCUCGGAACAUCUAUUUUCCCUUUGACAUAGUGAAUGACACUGCAAUUGAUGUUGCCUUGGAGAUGGUGAAAGAAUUGGAGAUCGAUGAGUGGAAUCCAUUGGAGAUUGCUGAUAUGAUAGAGGAGGAGAUAUCUUCCCUUGUUCCAACUUGGAAGGACUGGGGCUCCUCUCAAGUGCAUCAUCAGCACAGCUUCAAGUAUGAAGAUGAAGACGAUGAUGCUGAGCAUAAUGGAAUCCACCAUCCUUUCUAUGCUACCUCUUCCCAUUCUUCUUCCCAAGUUUCCCUCCCAACGUUCCUUUCUUCCUAUGAAACACAAUUUUCUCAUGGGAAAUAUAUAGCUUCUAGUUGCAAUUGGCCCCAAGAUGUAUUCAGCAAUGAUGAUGAUGAUGAUGCAAGUUCCAGUUGCUCCGUGAACUCGUUCCAGUACUCUAGCAUGAAUUAUGAAGAUGACUUUGAUUUGAGUCUCCAACAAGGACAGCACCCCUGCAUUACAAAAACCCUCAAAUCUACAAGAUUUUGUCCGUCAGAGAGCACAAGUGCUUUCAACUACAAACAAUGCAAAGCAGAAGUUGAUUCAUGGAGGUCUCCUCACUUAAAUGGCCAGCGGAAGCUAACAAAGAUUCAUUCACUUAUGGACAUACGCAGCCAGUUGCUGCACCGAUCAGUGAUGGCAGAGAUAAACAAAAGGCGCUUAUUUAAGACCAUCGGAGCAGUGGAGAACAUUGGAUUUCAGAAGCCAGGAGAGGUUUCAGGCAAGGGGUGUUAGUAGCAGCCUGAAUGAAAGAAUUUCAAGUUCAUAGCGAAAAUACCGCGAGAGAUUUAUGUGAUUAAAAUCCCAUUAAUCUCUCUGUUAAUAUUCUAGUUGCUUUGUGGUGUGAUUCAAGCAUUGAUUGCUUGUACAAAUUCUGAAUCCCCAAUCAUCUGGUUUGGUUGAAUAACUGAUGCAGAUUGCAAUAUGUGUCAGAUCAUGAAGAAAGAAUUCCAUAAAACAUCACUUUAUAUAUGUUCUGGAUUGAGGAAACUUUAUUGUUACAGGACUACUAUAUAUAUACAUAUAUGCUUUGCCAGCAUCUCUAAUCUAUUAUUCGAGUGAACAU